AUGAGGACGAGGAGCGGCUCUCUCUAUACCUGCGGAGGAACCGGCGAGCCGGCGGCUCCGGUGGCCGGGCAGAAGAGGAAGAGGUCUCCCGCCGCCGCCGGCGAGGCAUCCGGCGUGCGCCGGAAGAGGCAGGCUACCGGGCCGGACUACUUGGACGGCAUCCCUGACGACCUCGUGCUGUCCAUCUUCUCCAAACUCGCCGCAUCUGCGAACUCCCCCUCCGACCUGCUGUCCGUCCACCUAACGUGCAAGAGGCUCAACGGCCUGGGGCAGCAGGACAUGGUGUUCGCCAAGGCCUCGCCGGCGUCGCUCGCCGUCAAGGCGGCGGCCUGGUCCGAGCUCGUGCAGCGGUUUCUCAAGCGCUGCGCCGACGCCGGCAAUCUUGAGGCUUGCUACAUUCUCGGCAUGAUCCGGUUCUACUGCCUUGGCAGCCGCAGCGGCGGCGCGGCUCUGCUCGCGAAGGCGGCCGUCGGCGGGCACCCGGCGGCGCUGUACUCGCUGGCCGUCAUCCAGUUCAACGGGAGCGGGGGCGCCAAGUCGGACCGCGACCUGCGCGCCGGGGCGGCGCUCUGCGCGCGCUCCGCCGCGCUGGGCCACGUCGACGCGCUCCGGGAGCUCGGGCACUGCCUCCAGGACGGCUACGGCGUGCGCCGCGACCCGGCCGAGGGCCGCCGCCUCCUCGUCGCCGCCAACGCCCGCGAGCUCUCCCUCGCGCUCGCCGCCGCGGCGGCAAGCGCAACCUACCCCUUCGCCUCCCUCCCCAUCGGCGCCGUUGCAGGCGGCGCCGGCGGCGUCACCAGCAGCCCCCUCCUCUCCGACUUCGGGUGGAGCCUGCCGGAGGCAGAGCCGCACACGGCGAACCAGUUCAUGUCAGACUGGUGGGCGUCGCGCGGCGUGCAGGCGUGCGCCAAGAAGACCGACGCGGCGGCCACCGGCGGAGACGGCGAGGGCGAGCUGCGGCUGUGCUCCCACAUGCGGUGCGGGCGCAAGGAGACGCGGCGGCACGAGUUCCGGCGCUGCUCCGUGUGCGGCGCGGCCAACUACUGCUCCCGCGCGUGCCAGGCCCUGGACUGGAAGCGCGCCCACAAGGCCCAGUGCGUGCCCAUGGACCGCUGGCUCGUGGGCGGCGCCGCCGCCGCGCCGCAGCAGUGA